AUGUCAAACCUUACAAAACUUGAGUUUGUGGCUCUUGACAUUACUGGGAAGAAUUACUUAUCUUGGGUACUAGAUGCGGAAAUUCACCUAAAUGCCAAUGGUCUGGGAGACACAAUUAAGGCAGAAAAUAAGGCAUCUAAUCAAGAAAAGGCUAAAGCUAUGAUCUUUUUACGCCAUCAUUUACAUGAAGGACUAAAAAUGGAAUAUUUGACCAUUAAAGACCCACUCGUUCUUUGGAACAAUUUGAAAGAAAGAAUCAGUUCUCAACUGAAAUUAUGUGGAGAAAAAGUCACUGAUGAAGACAUGUUGGAGAAAACAUUCUCCACAUUUCAUGCAUCCAAUGUGCUCCUGCAGCAGCAAUACCGUGAAAAAGGCUUCAAAAAGUAUUCUGAACUUAUUUCUUGCCUUCUUGUAGCUGAGCAAAAUAAUGAGCUUCUAAUGAAAAAUCAUGAAUCCCGUCCAACCGGCUCCACUCCAUUCCCCGAAGCGAAUGUAGUAGUAAAUGGACCAACACGUGGUCGUGGACGAGGACAUGGACGUGCACGAGGCCGUCGCAUUGACCGUGGACGUGGUCGUGGUCAUAAUCGAGGUGGUUCAAAUUCCUAUUCAAAGAGGACAAAGAAUGAUGAGAAUCGCAAGAGAAAAACUAGUGGAAGUAAUAACCACUCUGAAGACUCGUGUUAUCGUUGUGGUGGGAAUGGUCAUUGGUCACGUACUUGUCGUACACCGAAACAUUUGGUUGACCUUUAUCAAGAAUCGCUUAAAAAUAAAAGUAAAGGCAACGGCAAAAUGCCAAGGGUAGAAACCAAUUUUGUUGAUGAAGAGGGCGAUUCUGAUUAUGGCAACAUGGAUGUCACUCAUUUGGAUAUUGCUGAUUUCUUUGCUGAUCCUAAUGGAAAGAUUGAUCACCUGAUUGGUGAUGGGAAUGUUCAACAAUAA